CAGUAGUCGCCGGGAUGACGUCACGGCUGUAGUGCUGAGUGGGUUCCGGUGUGGUCGGGCCUGUGCUGCACUCUUGCCUGUGUUUCUCCUGUCCGGCCCCGGGGUCCCGCAAACCGGCAAGAUGAGUACCAUGUUCGCGGACACCGUGCUCAUUGUGUUCAUAUCGGUGUGCACGGCUCUGCUGGCGGAGGGUGAGUGAGCACAUCCCGGAGGCAGAGAAUGAAUGAGCAGACUGCCAGCCGGGGAACCUGCAGGAAAUCCCAAUAUACAGGCUGGGGAUCGAUAACUGGGAUUAUUAUAUAAUACUGUGUGUGAGGACAGACAGACUGCCAAGAGAGAGGGAGAAAGGGCAUUACAUUCAUUCAGAGAGUCACAGAAUAACAUGGAAUGUCCCAAUGAAACAUGCACAGAGUCAUAGAAUAACAUGGAAUGUCCUAAUGGGACAUGCAGAGAGUCAUAGAAUAACAUGGAAUGUCCUAAUGGGACAUGCACAGAGUCAUAGAAUAACAUGGAAUGUCCUAAUGGGACAUGCAGAGAGUCAUAGAAUAACAUGGAAUGUCCUAAUGGAACAUGCACAGAGUCAUAGAAUAACAUGGAAUGUCCUAAUGGGACAUGCAGAGAGUCAUAGAAUAACAUGGAAUGUCCUAAUGGAACAUGCACAGAGUCAUAGAAUAACAUGGAAUGUCCUAAUGGGACAUGCAGAGAGUCAUAGAGUAACAUGGAAUGUCCUAAUGGAACAUGCAGAGAGUCAUAGAAUAACAUAGAAUGUCCUAAUGGGACAUGCAGAGAGUCAUAGAGUAACAUGGAAUGUCCUAAUGGAACAUGCAGAGAGUCAUAGAAUAACAUAGAAUGUCCUAAUGGGACAUGCAGAGAGUCAUAGAGUAAAAUGGAAUGUCCUAAUGGGACAUGGAGAGAGUCAUAGAAUAACAUGGAAUGUCCUAAUGGGACACUGAGAGAGUCAUAGAAUAACAUGGAAUGUCCUAAUGGGACACGGAGAGAGUCAUAGAAUAACAUAGAAUGUCCUAAUGGAACAUGCAGAGAGUCACAGAAUAACAUAGAAUGUCCUAAGGGGACAUGCAGAGAGUCAUAGAGUAAAAUGGAACGUCCUAAUGGGACAUGGAGAGAGUCACAGAAUAACAUGGAAUGUCCUAAUGGGACAGGGAGAGAGUCAUAGAAUAACAUGGAAUGUCCUAAUGGGACACGGAGAGAGUCAUAGAAUAACAUGGAAUGUCCUAAUGGGACACGGAGAGAGUCAUAGAAUAACAUGGAAUGUCCUAAUGGGACACGGAGAGAGUCAUAGAAUAACAUGGAAUGUCCUAAUGGGACACGGAGAGAGUCAUAGGAUAACAUGGAAUGUCCUAAUGGGACACGGAGAGAGUCAUAGGAUAACAUGGAAUGUCCUAAUGGGACACGGAGAGAGUCAUAGAAUAACAUGGAAUGUCCUAAUGGGACACGGAGAGAGUCAUAGAAUAACAUGGAAUGUCCUAAUGGGACACGGAGAGAGUCAUAGAAUAACAUGGAAUGUCCUAAUGGGACACGGAGAGAGUCAUAGAUAACAUGGAAUGUCCUAAUGGGACACGGAGAGAGUCAUAGAAUAACAUGGAAUGUCCUAAUGGGACACGGAGAGAGUCAUAGAAUAACAUGGAAUGUCCUAAUGGGACACGGCGAGAGUCAUAGAAUAACAUGGAAUGUCCUAAUGGGACACAGAGAGAGUGAUAGAAUAACAUGGAAUGUCCUAAUGGGACAUGGAGAGAGUCACAGAAUAACAUGAGAUGCCCUAAUGUGACAUAGAGUAAUAUAAAUAUAUAUAUAUAUAUAUAUUAAAAAAAAAAAAAAACAUGUACUAAUGCAGGACUUGACAAAUGUGUUUGGAAUAUAGGAGACAGUCAAAAAAGUAAGGAGUCAGUUUUUUGUUUUUUAAAUUUAAGUUAAAUUUUCAAAGAUAAAAAUGCAAUUCUUAAAUGGACACUAUAGUUACCAAAACCAAUACAGAUUAAUGUAGUUGUUCUGGUAUCUAUAGCCUGUCCCUGUAACCUUUUCAAUGUAAACACUACCUUUUAAGAUAAAAGACCGCAUUUAUAUUGCUACCUAGUAACACCUCUAGUGACAGUCACUCAGACGGCCACCAGAGAAUCCUGUGUCACAGCGCUUAUGUUCAGCAUCUCCUCGCUCUGCAUGGAGGUGCUGAAUGUUACCCAUAGAGAACAUGCGCAAUAUCCUCUAAAUGCUUUGGCUUAGCUGAGAUCACAAACAUUGAUCUCAGUCGUGGAGAUAACAUGAGAUUUCCACACCUGAGGUUUCUUCGAAAAGGCAGUCUUUAUUUAAAAACAAAAAAGGAAGUGGAGACAACAUUUCAGCUCCACUCUGAGCCUUUAUCAAGUCUCAAGAAAAGGCAUGAGAUAGAGAGAGUAAUAUAACAUAUGAGGACCGAAUGUGACAUGGAGUAAUAUAAUAACGUGAGUGUGGUCCUAAUGUGACAUGGAGUAAUAGAAUAACCUGUGAGUGUGGUCCUAAUUUGACAUGGAGUAAUAUAAUAUGUGAGUGUGGUCCUAAUAUGACAUGGAGUAAUAUAAUAACAUGUGAGUGUGGUCCUAAUGUGACAUGGAGUAAUAUAAUAACCUGUGAGUGUGGUCCUAAUGUGACAUGGAGUGAUAUAAUAACAGUUCAGGCACUCCGGGAUAACAAAAAAUAGCUUUAUUGGGGCAAAAACAGCAACGUUUCGACCCUACCAGGUCUUUAUCAAGCUACCAUAGCUGAAACAUCCGGUCUUACUCUGUCCACUUGCCGGGUAAUAUUGUACAGCAGUGAUUUAUUUUGUUGAUUAUAUUUUCUUGUAUAGUUAAUCAAUUAUUAAUUUGUUUGUAUUCAUUAAUUUCAUUGAAAUCAUGUAUAGGUUGAAUACUUUUAUUCAGGCAAAUUAUCUGAGGUACAUAUGCCAUUUUACUAGAGAGGUGUGUAUGUGUGUGUGUGUGUGUGUGUGUAUAUAUAUAUAUAUAUAUAUAUAUAUAUAUAUGUGAGAGAGAGAGAUGGAUAGAUGAAUUUGUAUUUAUUAUUAAUUUUUGUAUUGAAAUAAAAUUUGACCUUUUAUUGUUAUUGAUUUUGGUUGUGCAGGUAUUUCUUUAAUUGUAUGGGGAGAGGAGUGCAAGACAGGUGUAACCCCUUUCUCAAUUGACAUGGGGAGAGGAGUGUAAGACAGGUGUAACCCCUUUCUCAGUUGACAUGGGGAGAGGAGUGUAAGACAGGUGUAGCCACGUGUGAAUGUCUUGGAGACGAUACCUGGAUGAGCUGUGUGUAAUUAUUUUAGUCUACUGGAAAACCUGUAUUCGUAGUUUGUAUGUGACUCUGAAAAAGUGAAAAUAAAAUCGAAUUAUUAAAUGAAGACUAAAAUAUCCACACCUUUUCCGGAUUAUUCACUAAAGCGUGAAUUGUCUGGAAUUUAAACUAAGUUAUACAUUUUAGACCACAAAAGCCAAAUUUAAAAAGUAAAUACAUCUCCAAAUAAACUAGGUUUUCAGUUUGCUAAUUUGGUCGUACAUUUUUAAUUCACAUUUCAAUGAGUAACUUCGUGCAAAGUUAAAAUAAUUUUUCCAAACCAGCAAAGUUUGCUGCAAUCUGGUUUUCAGUUAAAGUUCAUUGUUUAGUGAAUAAACCCAUUUGUAUAGUUUUAGGGUGUGUUGGGUUGGAGAGUGAGCAGUGGUUGUUAAACAUUAGUGUACUGUUCACUGUGUUGGAUGUCAGUAGUGUAAUUUGAUAUGCGAGAGCUUACCUCAGAAGCAUCAAGGGUUAAAAGAUGAAUGUAAGCUGCUUGGUGUAGAAAGGGCUAGGGAGCCAGUACUUAUUUCUAAUCUCAGUUCAUAUGUAUAAUCUCUCAUUUCUCUCUCUCCAGGUAUAACGUGGGUAUUGGUAUACAGAACAGACAAGUACAAGAGGUUAAAAGCUGAAGUGGAGAAACAGAGUAAAAAAUGUAAGUUGCAGAGGGCAAUUAAACUUGAAACCUAUUACUAAACACCUUUAAAGGACCACUAUAGGCACCCAGACCAUUUCAGCUUAAUGAAGUGGUCUGGGUGCCAGGCCCAUCUAGGAUUAACCCUUUUUUCUAUAAACAUAGCAGUUUCAGAGAAACUGCUAUGUUUAUAAUAUGGUUAAUCCAGCCUCUAGUGGCUGUCUCUUGACAGCCGCUAGAGGCGCUUGCGUGCUUCUCACUGUGAAAAUCACAGUGAGAAGAUGCCAGCGUCCAAAGGAAAGCAUUGUAAAUGCUUUCCUAUGAACUGGCUGAAUGCGCACACGGCUGCUGCCGCGCAUGCGCAUUCAGCCGAUGACAUCGCUAUGGAGGAGGAGAGCUCCCCGCCCGGCGCUGGAGAAAGGUAAGAUUUUAACCCCUUCCUCUCCCCAGAGCCCGGCGGGAGGGGGUCUUGAGUAUGUUUUCCUGGCACUAUAGUGGUCCUUUUAAUGUGUUACUAAUAGUAUAGGGAGAAAAGAACACUGGCCCUGUCCCCUACCAGCCUCUUUGGCUGACAUCAGACUUGAUGAUCUCAGCCAAUCCAAUGCUAUAACAUUUAAUAAAUAAAUGUGUGUGUAUAUAUAAAAUGUAAUUCUAACUCUAUUUUAAUAAUCACCUCAUAAUGUCGUUACUCACUAUAAUGGGCUUUAAAGCAGUUGCAGCGGCAUGGAACACCCUAAUGGUUUUUAGACCUAGGAGGUCCGAGCUGCCUACCUCUUUCGCAAUCGGCUUUUAGGUUACUGCCUGAGGUAGUAGCAGAAAGUACAGAGAAUUUAAUUUGCAAGUCCUAUAUUUAACUUUGUAACUUUCCAAAACUCCAUAAAACAUGUACAUGGGUGGUACUAUCAUCAGUGAAAGGGCAGUUUAUAUGUAAAAACAAAUAUGGCCUUUGUUUGUGACUUAGUGGCUACUAAAAAAGAAAGUUCAUAUCCUGUUUUGAAUGCCCUGGGUUGUCUACUUUUUCAAAUGGUAUGCCAUGAUGGGGGUCCAUUUUUAUUCCUGGGCUGCCAUACGGUUUUAAAGGCAACAUAACCAAUUUGGCAAAUUAUAAUGUGUAAUAACUAGAAAGGGGAAAGCCCUUUAUUUGACCCUGUAACUUUACAAAACCCCAUAAAACCUAUACAUUGGCGGUACUAUUGUACUCGUGAGAUAUGUUUGGAACACAAAUAUUUUAUUGCAGUAAAAGCUAACAGUAUUAUGACAUUCAUAGUUAAAAUGCCACGCAGAACUUCAUAUGGGCAAAGAAAAAACCAAGGGUGGCAGCCUGGGUCCUACAAAGACCGAUCGAAAGAGGGGGGCUGGGGCUACCAAAUAUCCACACCUACUACAAGGCCGCACACAUAGCAGCUAUCAAAGCAUCCACGACAGAAGGGGAAACCCCACAAUGGUCCAAAAUAGAAGCCCACUGGGCGGGAGGGUAUGGCUUACACAACAUAUUCUGGCUACCAAGUCACCUACGCCCCGCACACAUCGACCCCCUACCGACCACCUUGACCACUAUGGCAAUCUGGGACGAGACAAAGGGCGGGGAGAGGGCCCGGGACAGUAUACCAGGGAAUGCCCCGAUCUCCGUGAUCGCGGUAGGAAUCCCAACAUUCGAACACAAACAAUGGAGAGAUGGAGGGUGCACAACAGUCACACAUCUAUACAAGGAGGGGAAGUUAAUGAACUUUCCAGACCUCCGAGAACUAUAUCACCUCCCAAAUAGAGCCAUAUUCCCAUUUCUACAACUGAAGUCCUUUCUCAAGGGGAUAGAAGUACGAAACACACCACAGCAACAAGAGUGUAAGUUAGAGCACCUAUGCCUCUCACCAAAACCAGUCAAGCGUACACUAUCCACGCUGUAUAAGGAGCUACAUAAUGAGCCACGGGACACUAUUAUGCCAUUCCAAGAAGCGUGGAACGGAGAACUGGGAUACGUCCUAUCACAGGAGAAAUGGGAGAGGGCCUUUAAAAUUCACAAGGGGAACACACAAUGCUCCACACAUUUAGAAAUUAUAAGGAAGCUACAAUAUAGGUGGUAUAUGGUACCAGAGAGGCUAUCCAAAAUGUACCCAGACUCCCCCAAUAGAUGCUGGAGAUGUGGGGCCCAGGGAGGGUCAAUGGGACACACAUGGUGGUCAUGCGAGAGACUAGCACCACUCUGGGUGACAAUGGAGCAGGAAAUAGGGAAGCUGAUAGGUAGACGCUGGCCACUUAACCUUGAACAAUGCGUACUCUUUAUGAUCCCCACAACACUGAACAAAAUUGAGGAACGACUAAUCUUCCACAUGCUAAUUUCUGCAGUAACACUAUUAGCCAGAGCAUGGAAAUCAACCCAGGUGCCAAGCAGGGAAGCUUUACUAAACCAAGCAGACACCAAUUGGAAGUAUGAAUUAAUGGCCUUCAAACACCUGACACCACAGGGAAACAUUAAAAAAGCAGGGGAGAGAUGGAGGGAAUACAGGGAGGGAUCAGAGGGGACCCGGAGCCCAGUAGCACCACAGGGGACCGCUGCGAGGUCUUUCCAGAAUGGGGGAAACCAGGACAUAGCAAUCAGAGGUUCACCAACCCCGUAAGAAGUGGAACGUUUUGAGCAGUCGCAGAGGUUAGAAUCACACCCCCCCCACAACCACCAUCCAAAAUAGGGGUUGGGUUCGGGAGGUGACGGCCCUAGAGUGAUGAGGGGUACCGAUUGACAACACAAAGGAAAAAAUAAAAUGGUCAUUGUGUAACACUAAUGCAACACUAAUGUAACUAAUGUAACACCAAUGUAAAUUAUUGUUCCUGCACUAUCCCAUUUCUUUUCUGUACCCUGGCGAGCAGGCGCCGCAAGACACUUGACAACCAUAUAAUAAAACUUAUUUUCAAAUUGAAAAAAAAAAAAUGCCACGCAGAACUAAGAAAAUAAUUUCUAAAUGUAUCACACUUUUUCAGUUUAAUAUAUGCAUUAUAUACAUAUGUAAUAUGAAAGAGGUGAAUUACGGUUGAACAGAAAUAUAGUCAGAUUAAAGUUUUUGUUUACAUUUUGUUUUGACCAGAACAUGUACAAUUGCUUCCAUCUUUAAGGGGUUAAUGCUUGGCUUUUGGCUAUCCCUGUUAUAAUUUAUUUCUGCUGUAUAAUGGGCAGAAAUAGUUUUGUUCAAUUCAUUUGUACUUCAUGCAAUUCAGUGAACCAUGAUGUGCAUAAUAAUGCAUUUUUUUUUCUUUCCUAAACACCCUGUUUUAGCAUUUGCUUGUAGUCCUAUAAGGAUAUAAAAGUAGCAUUAAACCGGCUUGUUUAUUUCUACUGUACCUUUGAUUCUAUCACAUACACAAAUAAAAUAUUUUUCUUCAUGUAGUGGAAAAGAAAAAGGAAUCUAUAACGGAAUCUGCUGGACGAACACAAAAGAAGAAAAUAGGUAACUAGAUAAAAUAAUGCAGGUUCGAUGUUCUGUAGAUCACUUUUUUGUAGAUACUGGAUAAACUGAAAGCAAAAUUGUAAUUUUAGAAUGUAUUUAUUUAUUUGCAAUUUAAUGGAUUCGAAAAAAUGGUUUACUGGACAUUAUUCUUGUAUAUAAAAUAACUUUUACUUAAAGGGACACUCUGGGUACCAAUACAACUUUAAUGCAUUUGAUCGAUUUUGGCCUCCUUAAUAUGAUGUAUUUUUUGCAAGCUCAAAUCUUUACAGCUUUUGCAAAAAAGUAAAUGUUUUGCAAAAUGCUGCACCAUAUUUUUGAUAAAGACUUAUUUUUCUGGAGUGAGGGGCGUGAGUAAAAAGGCAGGCUUAUGGUGCAGCAUUCUGCAAAAAAACAAACAAAAUUAUGCAAAAACUAAAACAAAAAAAGCAUUUUAAUGAGGACAAAAUCUAUCAAAUGCAUUAAAGAUGUAUUGGUGUCUGGAGCGCCCCUUUGACUUAUUCCAGCGCGAGGUGAAGCCCCGGGCUAUGGUAAGCACACGCUGUUGUAAUGCCAUUGAAGACGCAUGGAGGGCCAUAGCAUAAAUUAGUUUCUACUUUUGUCAUUGUAUAUAAAUAGAGUAAAUUGUAAAUACAGUGCAUGCCCAAGAUUUUCAUUGAAGUUUGUGGAAAAUGAGAGCAUUUUAGUUUAUAUUGAUAUACUGUGUUACUGUAAGUCAACACUAUCUGUCAUUGUAAAUAUUCCCUUCAACAUCAAUUUCAUGCUCUCAAGAGCAAGAUAAUAUUUUUUUUAAUUUAAGGACAAUAUAUUGAUCGCGGGUAGCGCAUAUUAAUUGUGCAUUCUGUAGACUUUGCAUUUCUCAUCUACUUUGUCUUUCACAGAACGUCAGGAAGAGAAACUGAAGAACAAUAACCGAGAUCUAUCCAUGGUAAGAGCUUAGUAGACGGUAUCUAGAGUUUCUGUAAGACCUAGUUAUAUAUGUUAAUCUAACUGAACUGAUUUGGGUUUAUGCACGCAGCACUAUAUACUGCUUAUACAUCACGGAUGGGGUUGUUACAAACCAGUAGGUUCCCUUGGUUGAUUCAGGAGGUGUUUGUUAGAAGCCUAUAACAUAAUUGUUCUUUUCUAUUACUCUGAAAUACUCAACUAUAUUAGUGUGCAGUAACCAAUGGACAGAUGUCUGAAUAAUAGUCUCUCUAACAUGAAAUAUAAAAGAGAGCCAGCCCCUCCUCCACCUUAGCCAUUGCUGUGUCAGUCACGAUGAUCUCUCCCAAUCCAAUGCUUCCCCAUAGGAAAGUAUGUAGAGGCAAUUCUACAUGCACGGCAAAUGCUGCACCAAUCUGCAUAUCCUCAUAGAGGUGCUUUGAGGCAGUGUAUCUCUAUGGGGAGCGUGGAGAUGCUGAACGUCGGUCAUGCAAUCUUAGCUUGACCUAAUCCAGGAAAUCCCACUAUUGCUUGUUGGGGUGACCGCUAUUAGAUGUGAUUAUUUACAGCAAUGUAAACACUGCCUUUCUCAAAAAAGACAGUGUUUACACUGCUUAACCAGCAGAGACCACUACAGAGGUUUUGGUGACUAUAGUGUCCCUUAAAAAAAAAAAAAGUAAAAAUUAAAACAUUUCAUCUGAGCUAGUCGUCUCUAGUGACAUAGAAUGAAUAGAAAAUGUGACAACAGAAAAAUUGUUUAGUGAUUGAAAUUGUUUAGUUUGUAUAUAUUUGGUACUGUAAUCGGGUGUCUGUCUCUCUCUCCCAGGUUCGAAUGAAGUCAAUGUUUGCAAUUGGUUUUUGCUUCACAGCUUUGAUGGGCAUGUUCAACUCAAUGUAAGUCAUAUAAUCUCUUACACGUUAAAGUACUCUAGCAAGCACAGUGUAGGUAGUCUUAAAACUGCAAUUACAAGAGCACAAUGUUUUUGGUUCUCAGCUCCCAAAUCUGCUUGAAUAAAAUAAUUUAAUUCAUGCCAGUGGAAAUAGGGUUUCUAGUAUGAAUUCUAUAUUGUAGUUAACACACGGUAUAGGAGUUGUAGUUUUGUGCUAAAGACAGGGACUGACAUGGGUUCAGUGCUGUUUUCUGGCACUAUAGUACAUACAUAGAAGUGUGUAAGUGCUGCAACAAUAGAGUUGAGCGAAAAACCUGGAUGUUCGGGUUCGCCGGGUUUGGCUGAACUUUGGCAAAAAGUUUGAUUUCGGGACUCAGACUUGACCCCGAACCUGAACCCCAAUUGAAGUCAAUGGGGACCCGAACUUUUGGGCACUAAAAUGGCUCUAACAAAGCCCUGGAAAGGGCUAGAGGGCUGCAAAAGGAAGUAAAAUGGGGGUAAGAGCAGGACAAGUGCCCUGCAAACAAAUGUGGAUAGGGAAAUAACUUAAAAUAACAUAAAAUACAUAAAAAUGUAAAAUAAUCUUGAACUAGGAGGAGGAGGUGGAUGUGGAGUAGGAGGUUGAGGAGGUGGUGACUAUGUGGUGUAGGUGGAAGCGGCGGUGGAGGAGGAGGUAGCCAACACUGUUUAUUUGGUUUUUUUUUUUAAUUGGGGUAGCCCCCAAAAUAUUGGGACAUAUAAAAAAAGAAAACAAAGAAUAAGUGCACUUGAGUAUAACAAUGGCUGGGUGAGGCCGGUAUAAAUGUCUAUUCUGCACAAGGUACAGACAAGUCUGGUGGGAUCCAUGCCUGGAUCAUUUUAAUAAACAUGAUCUUGUCCACGUUGGCUGAGGACAGGCGGCUGCGCUUGUCUGUGAUAACACCCCCUGCCGUGCUAAACACACGUUUAGACAAUACACUGGCUGCAGGGCAGGCCAGCACCUCCAAGGCAUAAAGGGCAAGCUCAGGCCAUGUGCCCAAUUUGGAGACCCAGAAGUUGAAUGGGGCAGACCCAUCAGUCGAUACGUGUAGGCGUGUGCACACUUACUGUUCCACCAUGUUGCUGAAAUGCUGCCUCCUGCUAAGACAUUCCAUGUCAGCUGGUGGUGCUGGUUGUUGUGGCGUGCUGACAAAGCUUUUCCACAUUUCAGUUAUGGCUAACCCUGCCUUCUGAGGUGCUGGUGGUGCCCCAGCUGCGUUGGCGACCUCUUCUUCCUCCUCUGCCUUCGCCUUGUGCUUCCACUGAGCCCCCGGUGUCAGUUGGGAAUGCCCUCAGCACCUCAGCAGCGCGUCUACCAGCAUGCGCUUGUAGUCGCGCAUCUUCCGAUCACGCUCUACUGAGGGAAUUAAGGACGGCACGUUGCCCUUGUAACGGGGAUCCAGCAGGGUGGCCACCCAGUAAUUAGCACAAGUUAGAAUGUGGGCAGUGAUGCCCACGAGCUGCGUUGGGUGCCACCCUGCUGUGAACACAGUUCCUCCUCAUCCUCCAGAACUGUGCCCUGGCUGGACAAUUGUGUACCUGGCCUAUGCUGGUGCAGGAACCCACCCUCUGAGCCACUUGUGAAUGACUGGCCUGAUAACCGUGGAAAUGACCCCUCUUCCUCCUGUGCCACAUCCUCUUACAUCAUCGCCCGAAGCGUUUUUUCAAGGAGACAAAGAAGCGGGAUCGUAAGGUUGAAUACGGCGUCAUCGGCACUGGUCAUGUUGGUGGAGUACUCGAAACAGCGCAACAUGGCACACAGGUCUCGCAUGGAGGCCCACUCAUUGGUGGUGAAGUGGUGCUGUUCCGCAGAGCGACUGACCUGUGCGUGCUGCAGCUGAAACUCAACUAUCGCCUGCUGCUGCUCGCACAGUCUCUCCAGCAUGUGCAAGGUGGAGUUCCACCUUGUGGGCACGUCGCAUAUGAGGCGGUGAGCGGGAAGGCCGAAGUUACGCUGCAGCACAGACAGGCGAGCAGCAGGGUGAGAGCGCCGAAAGCGCGCACAGACGGCCCGCACUAUCUGCAGCAGCCCUGAUAUAUCUGGGUAGUUUUUCAGGAAUUUCUACACCACCAAAUUCAGCACAUGCGCCAGGCAAGGGAUGUGCGUCAAACUGACUAGGCCCAGAGCUGCUACGAGAUUUUGCCCAUUAUCACACACCACCAGGCCGGGCUUGAGUCUCAGUGGCAACAACCACUAAUCGGUCUGUUGUUCCAUGCCCAUCUACAGCUCCUGCGCGGUGUGGGGUUUUACCCCAAACAUAUGAGUUUUAAAACCGCCUGCUGUCGUUUCCCUGAAGUUGGUGGUGAAGGUGUUACGCUGACCGAAUGAGGUGGUGGCAGAGGAAGCGGAGUAGGAGGAGGAGGCGGCAACAUGAGGCAAAGAGAAAAGCCCUGCAAUCCUCGGUGGCAGAAGGACAUGCGCCAAACUGCUAUCCGCCUCAGGCCCAGCUGCCACUACAUUUUCCCAGUGUGCAAUUAGGGAGAUAUACCGUCUCUGCCCGUGCUUACUGGUCCACGUAUCAGUGGUUAUGUGGACCUUGCCACAGAUAGCGUUGCGCCAAUUGUUUGUGCAGGGAAGGGAUGGCUCGCCUGGAAAAGUAGUGGCGGCUGGGAACCAUGUACUGUGGGACAGCCACCGCCAUCAUUUUUUUAAAACUGUCCGUCUCCACCAUACGGAAUGACAGCAUUUCAAAGGCCAGGAAUUUUGAAAUGCUGGCAUUCAGGGCCAGGGAUCGCAGGUGGCUUCCUCUUUCUCUCCAGUGUCUGGGAGAUGGACAGCUGAACGCUUCCAUGGGACAGUGUGGAGAUGCUUGGGGACGGUGGUGGCGUUGCUGCCACAUCCUCUGUUUGCGGGGUGGCAGGUGCCACUCACUCCAGAGGUGGAGGAAGAGGCCGAGACAGCAGCAGAAGAGGAAGCAGGAGGAGCCUGAGACCUUGCUUGGUUUUUGAGGUGCUUACUCCACUGCAGCUCGUGCUUUGCAUGUAGAUGCCUGGUCAUGCAGGUUGUGCUCAGGCUCUGAUUGCACAGUGUGCAAACCAAUCGUGUCUUGUCGUCAGCACAUUGUCUGAAGAACUGCCACUCCAGGGAACUCAUUGGAGCUGGCUUUGGUGUGCUCGGUCCCUGGGUGCGGUGGGCAGUAGCAGGCAUGCUGUCUAUGGGACGCCUGCUCCGCUUUUGCACCCUGCUCCCUCUUGUGCUGGUGCCUCUGUGCGACCACUGCCUCUUUCUCCAAACUGCACACGUCACUCGCAUGACUUUGAUUCCAUGUGGGGUCUAGGACCUCAUCAUCAUCCACAUCAUCUUCCACCCACUCAACCCUGCCCUCCUUGCUGGUCUGCACACUGCAGAAAGCCACAGCAGUUGGCACCUGUGUUUCAUCAUCAUCAGAGACGUGCUGCGGUGGUCCUCGCAUGUCCACAUCCUGAAACAUAAGUGGUUGUGCAUCAGUGCACUCAAUCUCUUCCACUUCUGGGGCAGGGCUAGGUGGAUGGCCCACAUAAACCCUGCCAGCAGAGUCAUCAAAAAGCAUAAGAGACUGCUGCAUGACUUGUCUCUCAGACUGCUUGGCUGAUUUGCAAGGGGGUGAGGUGAAAGACAGAUGGCCAAGGGCUUCAGGUGCCAACUCUGAGCUUUCAGCAGGGGACCAGGUGGGAGACAAUGUGAAGGAACUGGAGGCACUGUCAGCCAUCCAAUCUACUAUCGCCUGUACUUGUUCUGGCCUCCCCAUUUGUAGAGUGGCAUAAAGGCCUACCAAAUAACGCUGAAGGUUCUGUCGCCUACUCGCACCUGAGGAAGGUGUUUCACUUGUGCGUGUAGCUGGCACAGAUCGACCACGUCCUCUCUUUGCAACAGGAGCCCCACUAACACCAGCAGCACCACGACCAGGGCCACGUCGCUUAUUUGAUGCUCUCCUCAUUCUUUGCGUUCACCCACCAAACUAACAGAUUGUUUGUCAGGAAACAAUGUAACCACCAAUAGUCAACAAUUAAGUUCACUGACAGUAAGGCAGUGCCGGUGUCUUAAAGAGAACAAAUUUCUAGAAGUCACACAACAGUGUGACAGGCGUAAUUAAUUAAUACACUUACUUCACUGUCUCAAAAUUUUUUAAUUUGUCAAACAACAUUGUAACAGUAGUAUUUAACGGUUUUAUUGAACUGCAAGAAAUGCACCGCAGGCCGCAAAUGUACUAUUUAGCACAAAAAAAUUUGAAUUUGUCAAACUGCAAUGUCACAGCAGUAUUUAAAAAUGUCUAGAUGUUGCCCACUGAGCUACCAGAACAGGAUUAAAGUAAUGUGCCUGGCACACAUGCAGUUGCAAGUGCCCACCUAACAAACAGACUGCUUAUUUCUCUGUGGCACUGGGCUCAGGGCAGGUACAAAAAUGUAGUAUAGCACCCACAAAAAUAAUCGCUGUAGUUUGCAGAUUCAACACCAGAAUUAUUUCCUAAUCUGUCCCUCACAGCUGCAGCAUCCUCUCCCUACACUAAUAAGAGCUCAUGUGACUCCAGCUUAAAUAGAGGCUGGGUCACAUGCUGCACUGGCCAAUCACAGCCAUGCCAUUAGUAGGCAUGGCUGUGAUGGCUUCUAAGGGCACACGAGUCAAACGCUUGUUGAUUGGCUGCCCUGCAGCUUUUCAAAACGCGCCAUUAAAUCGCCAAACUCUAACCCGAACAUACACUGAAAUGUUGGGGUUCAGGGUCAAAAAAAUCGUAAUGUUCGGUACAAACUUUACAUUUCAGAUUCGCUCAACUCUAUGCAACGACUCUUAAAAGUCUAGUUGGAGUAUAUAGCUUCAUGAUAGCACAUGUUUUGUAAAUAAAGUUUGUUUUCAAAGCAUAUAGUGAUUUGGGUUUCUGUCCAGUUGGUUACUUGUGUAUAGAACACAUUUUAUGUGAUCUUUCUUUAGCUUUCCUGAAUAAAUUCUACUUGUUUCAGUAUAUUGUUUAUUCUUAUAUUUAGUGUUUUUAUAAUAAACACCCUGUAUCUCUUCAUCAACCGUGUAAACUUGAUUUGUAGGUUUGUUUUUGCCAUUUUUAAAUCAUAAUAAAGGAAGUUAUGGUGGAAGUUGUGUGCUAAACAGUUAUGGGGCUUUGUCCUGAAAGUUACAAAAGUCACUGUGUAUAUCGAUGGGAUCUCUCUGCUAAUUGCUUUACCGCCUCUCUACCUAAAUAACAUCUUAUCUUCCUUCCAUAAAAGUUCAGAAUUAAGAUGGUGCUGCCUCUGGUCUAUAAUUUCAUCAGAAGUAUUUUUUUUUUUUUUUUUUUUAAAUUCUAGUUAAUGAGUUGGAGUGCAGGCAGGUAUAUUUUGCUUAAAGGAACACUAUAGGGUCAGGAACACAAACCUGUAUUACCGACCUUAUAGUGUUAGAUCCAACGUCUAGUCCCCUUUAACCCCCUAAAUAAAUAUAAAAUCAGUGGAUUGACUGAGACUGACAAGGAGGCAGAUCAGGGGCAGAGCCAGCACAAGCCAAACACAUCCCUGGCCAAUCAGCAUCUCCUCAGAGAGCUGCAUUUAAUCAGUGCAUCUCUAUGAGAAAAGUUUGGUGUCUCCAUGCAGAGGGUGGAGAAAGUGAAUGCCGGAACAAAAAAGCAGUUCCAGAAGUUCUGAAGCGGAUUUUCUUUCAUUUCAAAUAAACUUAGCGUUGUGUAGCACUGACCCAGGAAGCACCACUAGUAGCCAUAUGAGGAGUGACCAGUGGAGUUAUCCCUAGGUUGUAAUGUAAACACUGUAUUUUCCUGGAAAGAUAGUGUUUACUGCAAAAAGCCUCAAAGGAAUGAUUAUACACACCGGAACAAAUGCAAUAAGCUGUAGUUGUUCUGGUGACUAUAGUGUCCCUUUCAACAUAUAGAUAUUUAAGCGAGUUUAACGUUUGUAAUAUUUAAUCCUACAUACAUCUUCUCAAUCAUGUGCCAUGAAAUGCCUUUGGCAUCUUCUUCCUGAGAUGAUGCCUGCUCCCACAAGCCAUCUUGCACUAUAGCUGAUAGGAAAUGUCAAGAUGUGACAAAUGAAAUCUGUUUGCCACAUUUUUAUAAUUUCAGUUGAAUUUACUAUGCAGUACAUACAAGUUUUUCAUAAACAUUACUUCCUUAUGAAAAACUGAGAAUUGUCAGUGCCACUUUAAUAUCCUUAUUCUGAAGUUACGACAUUGAUGGGCUUAAGGAAUAUAUAUACUACGGAGGGGCAGAGGAGAUUUGAAUUAAUCUGCCGCCCUUCCUUCCUGAAUAAACAGCCAGGUCUGCAAUAAGCCUUCAAGAAAAGCCAACCACUACGUUUGUUCAUACAUGGCAGGAAGCUCAAGCACUUAAAAGCUUUUAAGACCAGAUGCACCUGCUAACAGUCUGCUUUGGGAAAUGCAACAAUAGCUUCAUCUCACACAUCCAAUAUGAAAGAAUUUCCCACUUCACAGUCGAGUCAUGUGUGCAUUUAGGUAUACUUGAUUUUUUUUAACACAUCUUGUCCUUAAAGGGUAAUUAUGAAAAAAAUAGCCUUUGGUAUGUUGUGAAAUAUAUUAAUAUAUGCAUCGACUGACACUCUCAGCCUGUCCCUUGACAUUCAUAGCAACUAGUGCAUGACAAAUGUAGUAGAUAUCGACUGAUAUAAUUUUACAGAGAUCCCAGCAUGUACAGUGCUGUUACUGAUAGGAGUUUGCUAAUGGCAAUCAAACUCCUCUUACUCUGUCAGCCAGCCCAGUACAUUACACUAUAUCAUUCACUGUCUCGCCUCCCUGCUGAUCUCCGCAUGCUGCUCUCACAUAAUAGGAUGAUGUGAGGUCACGAUGUGGCGCUUCAUUGGCUGGUGGCUAGAGUUUCUGGAUGCAGAAGACAGUGUGUGGUGAGUAAGUUAAUCGUAUCAGCCUUGUAAUUUACUGAUAUCUAUAAAACGCUGAAUAUUGGCUCUAAUAAUGGGCGGAACCGAUACUCAGUCUAUCCCUAAAAUAUAGGCAUAAUUUGUGAAGCAUUGUUUCAUGUGAGUGGCCAGUUGCAGGCUGAUAGUGUCAACUGACGUCAUCAGUCCAUCACUGCUGCUCAGCAAGUGCUUCCACAUUUGUGAGCAGUACAGGAGAGAAAGUUGUACUGGUGCUUGGAGGCCUGCACUUUACUAUUAAGCGGUUUGAAAAUGGUUUAACACUGGAGUGUAAGUGCCAGGGCCUUUGCGUACCAUAACGACUUCAUUGACAUGAAGUGAUUUUGUGCCCUUACAUUUCUCAUGCAAGUUACCCUUUAAGAAUGCUGAGCAUUGAUCGUAACCUUUUCUACUGUAGGAUUGCAGUACAGAGGAGGUGGGGAAAAAAACAGCUUGGACUUAAAGCUGCUGCAAAAACUACCAUUCCCUAUUUUUUUAUCAUUUUCCUUCUUUUCCUCUUUAAAUGGCUUUUUCACUUAACUUAGGCUGGUGUUCACCAUGCAAGCCAACACCAAGUGAAAGUGCUGCUUUAUGUGCAUUAUAUUAGUGUUAUUGGCCCCUAAAACAGUAUAGCUGGUGGCGAUUUUACAUGUACUGACACAUUGAGUUCCACAUUUUAUUUGUUUGUACCAUAACUAUUUAUAGUACCAUAAAUCCACUAAUGCACCCUUGACAAUGGUCUUUAUUCACACACACAAAAAUAAAUUUGGUAAAAGGAUGGCUGGAACCCUAGUGGUGGUAAAAUGUAUUUUCACCUCUUUUUACUCUAGCUUUCCAUGUGUGGAUUACUAUUCAGUGUAAAACAAUGUCCCCCAAGUCACACCAGCAGUCUAGGUUAUGUCAGUAUCCCUCACAGGAACAUAAUCAGGAACUUGUUCUAUCAUGCAUCAUCUUUAUGCCUUGAGGAAUGGAUUGGGGACCACUGCUUUAGUACAUAUCUGCACCUAACUGUUCCAAUGUAGUCAUACAAAACUAUGUAACAUGCAAGUACAAGCACACCAAUUUGUCUAUUUUAUGUGGAAUUUUAUUUUAUUUUUCCUUUUAAAUUCAGUUUUUUUUGGUUUCCCUAGAUUUGAUGGACGGGUUGUAGCAAAGCUGCCGUUCGUUCCCUUGUCAUACAUACAAGGGCUGUCACACAGAAACCUGCUGGGGGAAGAUUAUACUGAUUGCUCCUUUAUUUUCCUGUAUAUCCUGUGCACCAUGUCCAUUCGACAAGUAAGUGGCUAGUGAAGGGCUAAACGUUGUAUGCAAACUUCUGGAAUAGUGUGUUGUGUUGCUUUCUCUUCUUUGUAUCUUUACAUGUGUAACCAAAAUACUUGCAGUGGCCCAGAGUGUACAUAUGAUAAGAAAGCUCUACCCUUCCUUUAAAGCAAUGCAUAUAAAAUGUGUGGGUGCACUGACAGCAUUACAAUGAAACAAACCCUUUCUCUUAAGUUUUAUAUUAACACAUAUGAAAUCGCGAUCUGGGUUUGUCUUCACACACGCAGGGCACACAUUGCGAAUGAGGAUACAUUUUUAUCUGUAUUCUUAAUGCUAUUAAAUCUGUAUUCUUAUUGCGAUAGUGACCCUGUAAUAACGGAGUACAGGCACCCUCCCCUCUUUGCAAUAAAAAUGAAAUGUAACGUUUUAUUUAACUUUAUCCAGUGCAAAGGCUCCCUAAUCACCUCCUACAACUUAAUUAAGUCAUGACCUCCACUGGUGAUGGUACAGUCCAAUUCUCCUCAUAGGGGAGCAUUGGGAACCCAAUGCUCAUUUAUCCAAGCAACCCCGUAGGAAUGCUUUGAAUACAAUGCAAUGAACUUCUGCAUCAUGUGACUGAGCUUUACGGUCACCCUGGCUUCCUGUCACCCUCUAGAGGUGGAUUUGAAGGGACACUCCACUGCUCAAAUUUAUAAAAAGAAAAAAACUUCUCAGAUAUACCCCCAAAGCAAAAAUGCAUGCUUUUAAAUUUUCAUUUUUAUAAUGAAAACAGCUUGCAGAAUCUAUAGAGCUCAUGUCUGAAGCAUUUGCAAGCCCUCCUCUUCUAACCCUGCCCAGACUUUCUGUGGCUGCCCAACAGUGAUGUCGCGAACCGUUCGUGGCGAACUCCGGUCAGCUGACACAUCCCUGCCAAUCUCCGGCAGACCCUCCCUCCCAGACCCUCCUACUUCCUGGGCAGCAUCCAUGUUGAAGGCAGCUUCAACCGCGAACCGCGGCGAACCGUUCGCGACAUCACUACUGCCCAAUACAGUUCAGUGAGAAGUCAUUGCAAGGCAGGGGGGUUUGGGUGAUUGCCUGCCUCUUGAAUUUAGCUCCACUGAACUAACCAAACCAGAAAGUAAUAUAACAAGGUUGCGUACCAAGGUUGUAACAGGAGCCGGUUUCCCUAUUUACCACUAUAACGUCUUUUGGAGCACAGAAUUUAGCAGGGCUAACCAUACAGAUAUCUUAGCCAUAAUAUUAUAUAGUUGGUAAGCGUUCCUCUAUUUAAAAAUAUAUAAAUAAUUGAGAAUACAAUAUAAAAAAUAGGGAUUGUCUUGGAAGCAAUAAAGUUUUGUCUUUUUAAAUAUUUUAUUAAAUAAAAAUAUAAAUGUACACAUAUAAAACCUUAAUAAUCCAUUACAAUAAUUUAUAGCAGAGUUUAUAAGAUUAAAGUAUAUGCUUGCAAUAUCAGUAAAAUAGAAUAACAUAACCUCCUGAACAAGUCAACCUCCCAGUCAUGAUAAAAUGGAGCAGCGUCUCUGUCUCCAAAAUCUCUCCUCUGUGUCCUAAUAUUAAUAAGUACACAUAUUUAUACCUUGGAUUUUCAAUUAGGUCAUUUUAGGACCUACUUUAACUUGGCAAAGAUACUAGGCCAUAACUUGGUCAUUUGACAUGUGAACAUCUUAUCUAUGUUUAGACGAAAACGUAAAGGUGCACAUGACAUGGGAAAUUCCCUGACUUGGGGCAAGAUGGCGUCCUAAAGUCUGAACACCAUAUUCACUGAAUAUGGAUAAAAGGUCAUUUAUUAAAGAAACAUUGUAGGGAAAACAAUAUGUUCCAUUUCUAACAAAUUGUCAGUUUGCAAAGUCUUUUAAAGACAAAGUACACAGUUUAAGAAAUAAAACGUUUCAUUCUAAAACUUGUAAUAUUUACAUAUGCCCAUAACAAGGUUAAUAUAUAAAAGUGUCAAUUUCUAUGAAAACUGCACUUUUUGUAAAAUGAAGAGGGCACACUUCACACACAAAAUACGUCACCAAGCUUUAUAGGUUUGUAUGUUCCUUUAAAUUUGGGCAAGGCUGUUAUGUUCCUUUUAAUUUUGGAACAAGGCUUUGUAACUUUAGUUUUGGUCUUUUAGCUGCUUAGUAGAUAACUCCUUAGUUUGGUUGGUAUGCUUAUGUGGAAUAGGAUACCACAUAUGGGAGCUAGCUGCUAAAGAGCUCCCUGAUUUUGUAUCCUUAAAUAUAGCAAUCCCACAUAAGGGAGCCUAUUUAGGGAGCUAUCUCCUAAACUGCUGCAAGAUGGAGCUGAUGAUUGCGAAUUUUAUACAUCCAAAUGAAAUUCAGAUCUGAAAAUAUUGUAUGAAUUAUGUUCGAACCAAACAGUCAAGUGGAAGCCACUCUGUUUGGAUGAACUUAAAUUUAUUUUGAUCUGAAUUCAUUCAGAUGAACCAAAAACUUCCACUGUACCGAAGUCUAGUAUUAGUGUACUAAUAUCCCAAACAAAAGUUGUAUAGGAGGUUAAAUUGUAACGAUAGAGUUGAUCAUUGUUAGAUGUGUUUAUAUUUUUUCUGGCAGUUCCCACAGCUCUGCUCAGUACAUACACAGUAAGUUGUGUCCAGCUUUUAUCUCCCGUGGUGCCUUUUAACUUCUUUGUAAAUAUUCCAAAUUAGUCUGUGGGCUGAUAUUUGUUUAAAACAGUGUUCUCGUCUGAAGGCCUAAUGAUAUGCAAGUGUUCCAAAUUUGAUAUAUGAAGUAUAUGCAGUGACAGCUGUCACAUUGGUUUCCGUUUAAGGACAUCGAGUAAUUAUAAGAGGACUAGGGUGUGUCUGUACAAUAGAAAUAUAUUUUAAAAUGCAACACUACGUCCUAUACCUACUUGCUAUUAGGAUUCAUAGCCGUUCCUGGUGUAUGUGCAGCUGUAAACGUAUAGGAACUCCCUGAUCUAAAAGAGAAUAAGUGACCUGCAAGAUUACCCUCGUUUCCAAAUAGUACAGUGAUUUCGCUAUAGACUCGUAUUGAGAAUGACAUGCAAAUGAAUUAUUUGUAUUGCUUUCUUCCUGUGUAUUUUUACACCGUAUCCUGUGCUUUCAGUAAAUAAGAUGUGCUCCUGGCCAGAUAUAGCUUAAUAACAGUCAUCUCCGCUGCUCUGCAGAAAGUGUUUUUAUUUGUGGAAUUGGUUUACUGUCCUGUGUAUCUUGACAGGAGUGAGUCCCUUCCUUUCCCUGAAAUCAAGGAUGCUCCAUAUUUGUCAUCACUACUCAGGGAAAGACGCAGAUCCUGUGCUGUCUAAGUGUGUGACCUUCCUGUCCACAAAGGCUUUAGACUGUGAGAAUCUGGAGUUAGGUGUGUUAUUUUUAUAUGGCCCCCCUCACCCAAAGUUAUUUUUGAGUGUGUUACAUAGACUUUCCAUUUUCCUAAACACCUUCAGCUCUCACAUAACUAUCCAUUGAAUGUGCAGUACUUAAAAUCACCACUCUUUACUGCAUGCAGGAAACCCCUGUGGCAACAAAUGUAGUCUACAAACAUUUUUAAAUAUGCUAGGAAUUCUCCCUAAGCAUACUUAAAAAAAAAAAACAAAUCUACGCACGUCACUGUUAGUUGAGCUACAAUGCAUGCUUUACUUAAUGUAUAUCAGAGAUUUCAGGUUUCAUUCAAUGAUUUUAAGGGUCAUUAUAGGGACUAUAACCAUUUUAACUCACUGAAUUGGUUAUAGUGCCUGGAGUCCACUGGUACUGUCCCUCCAUUCACUGGAAUUUUCAAGUAGUUAAAGAAAUACCAACUGUUAGGACGAAAUGUUGUUCACUUGCUGUGAAGACCUCAAUACAUUUGAAAUGCUUUUUCAUAGACUUAUAUCAAGAUAACCACUACACAUCAUGUAUGGUCUGGUCUCAUCCUCCUGGAAACCCAAAAAUACUUGAAGUAGAUGCUGUAUGUCACAAAGAGAAUAAUAGUUACCCAUCUCAAACUCUGCAAAUUCACGCUUUUAUUUUGUAACUUUGCCCGGCCCCCCCAGAUGUUGCUGAACUACAACUCCCAUGAUUCUUUCAAUGAAACAGAUAGCCAGGGAAUCAUGGGAGUUGUAGUUCAGCAACAUCUGGGGGGCCGCAUGUUUGACAACCCUGAUGUAAAGCUUUUCGUGCUAUCUUUGAAGUAUAAAUCAACUUAUAUACUGAUAUACACCCUAUUUUUGUUCCCCCACAACAGAAUAUCCAGAAGAUGUUGGGACUUGCUCCAUCUCGAGCUGCUACCAAGCAGGCUGGUGGAUUCCUGGGACCACCACCGCAAGCUGGAAAAUUCUCUUAGGUCAUAUGGAAAGGUCAAGAAAUAUCAAAGAACUCCAAUCUCAGAUUCAUAUCAUUGACAACUUACACCAGUGUUUGUACACCUGCAUCCGAUUGUAAAAAUACAGUGACUGAAUCUGUUACUCUCAUGACAUCUCUCAAUCAGGGACUUCACUAUUCUAAUGACUUUUGUAUACUGAUCAGGGAAUAUAUUUUUCACAGUUGUAUUCAUGCUGCAAAAGUAAUAUAUGGAAUCCAUUCAUUGGAUGGUAAUUUUUUAAUUAUGUUAGUCCUUUUUAGGGUCAAAUAAUUAUAUAAUCUAUAUAUAUAUAUAUCCCAAAAAAAAAAAUUGAGAGCCCAUCCCGUACUUAUUUUAAAUUGAUUUAUAUUGGUCUUAAAUUUCGAUUUUGGUAAAUUAAGUAAGAAAUUGCAAAUGUUAUCCUAAAAUAGUUAGGGUGGAAAAAAUGAUCAAAUUCUUCCUAUUUCUCAUGUUUGGAUUUUAGAGCUAAAAGUGGAAGAAAAGGAAAAAUGCUUUUCUUGAAUCUCUGUUAAAACCCAUUUUCACAAACUUAAAACAAAGGUACAGUAGUGUAAUACAUACCCAUACAUAUGUGUGUGUUUGGUAUUAAAUGCAUAUAUCGGGGAUGGGGGGGGACUAGCUCAGAUACCAAUAACAUAUAGUUUUGUUGUUGUGUUUUGGGUUUGUUUGUUUGUUUUUUUUGUUUUGUUCUUUUCUAUACCCAUGUCAUUUUCACCACACUUCAGAUGUAACAGACAUGCAUUGUGAUUAUUUUAUUCACUAUGAAGCCUCCUACUAUUUAGCCGAAUUAUAAAGUGGAACUAGAAAAUUAUUUAUGAAAGUAAUUCCUAUUAUGCCACAGUCGAAAGCUAUCAUUAAUUGCUAGUACCUAUAUGACACACAGCGAUUUGCUACUAAAUGUAGAGUUCUGCACAAACACAAAUAAAACUAGAGAAAAGACUGAUUUACAUUUGUAGUAUUUUGUAAGCUUUGUAAAAUUAAAACCCAAAAAUGUAGUUGAUGCUAAUUCGUCGCUAGGCAGAAUACUUUGCGAAGAUUUACAGUGUAAAUGACAGUAUUGGAUGACGUAUUUUGAUUAUAUGUUAGUGCUAAGAAUUGAUGACCUCCUUAAUUAAAGCAAUUGGCAACUUUUUGGUGGCGUAAAACUUCUAUUAAAAAUCAAAUCAUUCAUUCACCCUUUGGGCUUUCCUGUUUUCACACUAGAAUGUUGCAGGUAUUUACACUUCUGGUGCCAAGGGAAUUGUUUUGUAACUAAACUUCUGGAUUAAGACAAAUCUCACUGAAUUCAUAAGCCCAUUCUGCAUAUUGCAUUUUAUAAAUUGUAUUUGUUAAAUUUAACACUAUAAAUAAAGGUUUAAUUUAAAUUGUAGUGUUAUUUUUAUUGUUAAAAGGUUAAAGAAGACUCAUUUGGUUUUUUUUUUUGUUUUGGUUUUUUUCCCUUCUUUCUUCUUCCAAUUUGUGACUCUGCCUAACAUAAAAUGUUAAUUGAACGGAGUAAACAUUAGGAGAAAUACAAAUACCCCAUAACAGGGAGG